ACACUACACACGAAGAAGACGCGCGCCGAUCGAGCUGGAGCGCGGCCUUUACUCGCCGAGUGUCUGAGGAGCAUCAGAUCUCUAGGUUUAGUGAUGGCGAGAUACAUGAGACCUCCAAACACCUCACUGUUCAUCAGAAACAUCUCAGACGAGAGCAGAAAAUGUAAAGACAUACAGUUCUGGAGACCCUCGCUACAAAGAAUAUUUGAAAGGGCCGAUGUAGAGUAGAUUCAAGACAAAGUGAAAAGGAGAAAGAAAGAAUAAAGAGAAAGUUAAAGCUUGAAGAUUCAAAGGGGACCAAAAUUGGAGUCAAGGCCUCGGUCUGACCAAAGAGAGGAAAAGACUAAAGGUUAUUGGGCAAAGAACAUCCCCAAGUCCUUCUCGGAGGCGGUUAAAGACAAUAAAGGUCAAGCUCAAGGUCAAGCAUGUUAAAGGUAACAAGUUUUAAUGUUGUAUCCUACCAUUACAAGAGCACAUGAUUUCUUUACAUAAUCAAAGGCGGCUUUCCAAUCCAUAACUGAAACCUAUAGAUGUGUUUGUUUUUGGAGUCUUGUGAAUUACUUUGGAAACUAUCCCAUCAUUUCUUCAAGCAUUUUCUCCUUUCGCCGAUCAUUAAGUUAUAAUAACCUCAGAUGUUUGUGAUCUUUUUCUUUAUAACCAACCUUUCCGUUGCUGUCAUAUCUGUUUGUAUUCCGAUCGGAGAUUUAUUUUUGGUUAAUACGAAUAGUUUAAAAGAAAAGCGAAACCUUAACAGCUCCAGCAGGUUCGAGGAUGUGCGAGAUGCAGAAGAUGCCCUGCAUAAUCUGGACAGAAAGUGGGUCUGUGGACGUCAGAUCGAGAUACAGUUCGCUCAAGGAGACAGAAAGACUCCGGGUCAGAUGAAAUCGAAAGAGCGGCAUUCUCCUCGCGGCGACUCGCGAUACGAUGACUACGACCGAGACAGCCGCCGCAGACGCUCUCGCAGUCGCAGUUACGGCAAAAGCAGAUCUCGCAGUGCGUCCUAUGAACGGCGUGCGUGCAGAUCGAGAAGCCCUCGAGACUCUCGGUCUGGCAGACGUCGCAGGAGCAGAAGUCGAGAUAAUGACAGACACAGGUCACGUGAACGCAGCCAUCGGCACCAUCGCUCUCCCUCACAUUCACCUUCCCAGGAUUCCAAGUACAAGUCCAAGAGCCGCAAGUCACGUUCUCGAUCCAGAAGCCCCAGCGCCCCUGCGGAAAACCAGCACUCGUCUGCCGGCCCACGUGAGGAAGAAACCCGCGGGCGCUCCCCCUCCCGCUCCGCCUCUCGCUCGCGUUCACGCUCCAGGUCGUGGGCCGGACGAAAGUCUGGAGGCCGUUAGUAAAUCUGAAUAACAUCUGUUUUUAAAUACCGAAUCAUGUGCAGCUUCUCUCUUUGUGUGUUUACUGAUCUGAUCAUGCAGCACAGCCCCGCGUCUGUUUGUUUCUUGGAUUUAGAUUUUCAGAAGUUUAAAGCAACAAUCAAGAAAAUGAAAGGUUUUUGUUUUGAAAAUCAGUUUUGGGUUAAAAUCUUACAUCUUUUCCUUUACUUGGAUCCAAUAUAAAGAUGUUUUUAUUUUUGUAGUUCAAGAUGCAGCAAAUAUGUUUUUUUCUUCCCCUUUGUUUAAUUGUCUUUUGAUUUCAGUUGUAAAGUUUUAUUUGGUGUUUGUUCUGAAAGAGCAAUGUUACCCUUUUCUCAAGUCUUUCUUCUGAAAGGUUAUGAUGUAUUUGUAGUUUUAGUCAAGCCGUUGGCAGUAGCAUCUGUUUAUUGCAAUAUUUUUGUCGUUUCAAAUUAAACAUGAAACAUAA